AUGGACAAUCGCAGAGUACGGCGUUUGGAGGAGGCGGUAGUAAACAGAAUAGCGGCUGGAGAGAUUAUCCACCGACCGGCAAACGCAAUCAAAGAGAUGUUGGAGAACUCUCUCGAUGCAGAAUCUACGAAUAUAAAGGUUACGGUGAAGGAUGGUGGCCUGAAGCUCCUUCAAAUACAAGAUAACGGUCGUGGGAUUGAUAAAGAAGACCUGCCAAUUCUUUGUGAGCGCUUCACAACCUCCAAAAUACGCAACUACGACGACUUGCAAUCAGUCUCGACAUUUGGCUUUCGCGGAGAAGCCUUGGCUUCGAUAUCACACGUCGCUCAUGUCGCAAUACUCACUAAACGCGACGGGGACAGCGCUGGAUGGAAAACCGCGUACUCGGAUGGUAAGCAAACCCAGGAAUGCUCACCGGCAGCGGGUAACAAAGGCACAACUAUCACCGCUCACGACCUCUUCUUCAAUGUUCCCCUGCGCAGACGUGCACUGAAGAAUGCCAACGAGGAGUACACCAAGAUUGUCGAUGUCGUCACCAGAUACGCCGUUCACUAUCCCUCAGUUUCAUUUGUAUGCAAGAAGGUUAAUGCGAAUGUCCCCGAUAUAUCAACGCUCUCCAAAUCAUCCACACCGAUGAACAUAAAAGCAUUAUUUGGUCCACAAGUCGCGAAAGAGCUGCUACGCUUUGAGACUGAAGAUACACUUUUAAACUACAAAUGCAAUGGCUACGCAACAUCCACCAAUUACGCCAGUAAGCGAACAAUAAUGCUCAUCUUUAUCAAUCAUCGUCUAGUAGACUGUCCUAGUCUCAAAAAGAGCAUCGAAAACGCUUACAGUGCGCUCUUACCUAAAGGAUCUCAUCCAUUUGUCUAUUUGAGUCUAGAAAUCCCUCCUAGCAACCUAGAUGUGAAUGUUCACCCUACGAAAUCGCAAGUACAUUUCAUCGAUGAGGAUGACAUCAUAGAGCAUAUCACUGACGCACUCAGCAACAAACUGUCGACGUGCAAUACAUCCAAGAGCUACGACGUGCAGACAUAUCUCCCAAAAUCUAAGCCAGUGGCUCAGCUAUCUAACGCUAGCUUUCUCACAAGCUUCGUUAAGCCACCGCCAAAAUCUCAGAUACGCACUGACGGAAUGACAAGAACGCUUGAUUCCUUUAUACCAAUUGCACAAACUCAAUCGCCAGCACCGACGCAAUCAUCCACACCCGUCCAUACAUCUACUUCCAAGCAGACACCCUCUUCAACUCCUGUCAAGCGAACGGUAGAAGACUCUGAAUCGCCUCGCUCAUCAAUAAAACACUCCCAAUCAAUUCGCACUCCAGUGGAGAAAAUCAAAAGCAAUAAAGUUAAUCUUAGCUCUAUACAGAAGUUACGUAAAAGUGUGCUAGACGAUAAAAACCAGGAUGCUAUUAAUAUGGUCAAAAACCACACUUUUGUCGGAUUCGUAGACGUUUCUAGACAAUUGGUCUUGAUUCAACAUAACACUGAGCUCAUUAUGCUCAAUUAUGAUAAAUUUGCGCUCGAACUCUUCUAUCAAAUUGCCCUCAACCAGUUCGGGAAUAUGGCGAAAUUUGAACUCAAUCCACCUCCCAAAGUACGCACACUCAUAGAAAUAGCAUUGAAGGUUGAAGAAAGCGCUAUUGUGGAGUGUGGUGGUAGUUAUAAGGAGGUUUUGGACAAGAUCGUUAAUAUUCUUAUUAGCAGAGCUACUAUGUUGGAGGAGUAUUUUGGCAUAAGGAUUAGUCAGGAAGGUAAUCUGGAACGCUUACCGCUGUUACUAAAGAACUAUACGCCAAACAUUGAUGCAUUGCCGACUUUGCUAAUGAAUCUAGGUCCUUUGGUUAAUUGGGAGGAGGAAGAGGAGUGCUUUGAUAAUAUACUCCAGCAAAUCGCUGCAUUCUAUGUACCUUCUAAGCAAGACAAUGACGCUGUUAGAUGGCAGAUCCAACACGUUUUGUUUCAAUCAAUAGCAAAGAAUCUCGUACCGUCACACGAUCUAGCUCAGAACGCCAUCACUCAAGUAACAAGCUUACCUGCCCUCUAUAGAAUAUUCGAACGUUGUUGA